CAUAUUUUCAGUAAAGUGGUUCGGUCUACCAUCUUUCUUGGGGAAUUUGAACGCAGCAAAUACAACCGGAUGUGUCGCGCGGAGUUUGACGUCAGUACUAUCGUUCAAGAUGGCGGCGCUAGUGUCCUUGAUGCUGAAGCCUCGAGCAGGUCUGCUGGCGCCCGGUCAGUCCUUUCUGCUGGACUCUGUGAGGUUUGCGUCGAAGAAGUCCGGUGGCAGCUGCAAGAACGUUGGGAAAAAAGACCCGGGUCGGAGAUACGGCUUCAAGAAACAGGAUGGGAACUUCGUCCAUGCCGGGAACAUCCUUGCGACGCAGAGGGUGAUGAGGUAUCACCCAGGAGCUCAUGUGGGGCUGGGAACCAACAGGAAUCUCUUUGCUCUGGAGGACGGCUACGUCAGGUUCACCAAGGAGGUCUUCAUCCCACCGCCGCGCAGCCGGAAGUCGUCACGGAUCAUCCCCAGACUGCCGCAAGGAGCCGUGCUCUACAAGACUUUCAUCAACAUCGUGCCGCUCAAACAGGAGGGCAAGUUCAAACUGAUGGACAUGGUCUGAGACGGACUGGACUGAACUGGAACCUCAUCCUUUUUUUUUUUGUUGUUGUUGUUGUAUUCCUGUGGCGGUCAGGAUCAAACAUCACAAGCACCCUGGAGGACUUCAGCAGCUCGGGCUUCUGUCUUUGACUGAGGUGAUUUGACCUUUAGACGGAGCCGGUCCGUGAGGUCAGCUGUCAUUCUGAAUGACUCGGUCCUCGGCUGCUCAUGAGACACUGUCACACUUUGCAUUUACAGUUGAUUUGGUCGAAACUCCACUGAAUAAAAUACACACAGGAAAAACAUUUCCAGUGUGACUUUUACAGAU